UUUUUUUUUUUUCCAUAUGAAUAAAGCUGUACAUAGGUAAUGGCAUUCAUAGCAUUCAUCAUUAAUGGUGGAUUAAUCAGUUUUGAAAAUUGGAUGGUCAAAAGUAGAAAAUCUUCCAUUAAGAUUUUUAUUUCUGAUGGACUCAGGCUGUUGAAAAUAACUGCUGUUUUGGGGAGGAGGCUUAAUAGGGAAUUUAACAUUUUACAAAAUGGUAGUUGCUUAGCUCUGAUAUUAAAAGUUUUUUUGCUUGGGCAAAUUAAGAAUGUUCAAAUGUCUAUUUAAUUUUGAAUAUUUCUAUAUGCAAUUAAAAAAAAAGACACGAUCAUUAUAAUAAUAGUUUUAUCUGGCACUUCAGUAUAAACUUAAAAUAUCUUUAGCUUUCUAAACAAGAGUACUAACACCAUAUUCUUUUUAAUUUCUACCUAAUAAAUAAUUUAAAAUUUAAUUCUUUCUUGCAUGUUUUAAUAAAGUAUUAUUGUUCUAAAUUGUCGUUUUAGUUUUUUGUUGAAUCUGAGAUACAUUUCUUGGAGGUGGAAAUCAUGAUUCAUCUCAAGUUGAAGAUAUGUUUGAACCCGUGGGUCAACAAACAUCUUGCGUAUGGACCUGGGUGAAUGCCCCAAGUUGCAUGACCUUGCAUUAAGAGCAGACUUUGAAAAUGCAGCACAGAAGAAAGACUACUUCUAUGAUGUUGAUGCUAUGGAACAUCUUCAGAAUUUUAUCAAUGAAUGUGACCGGCGUACUGAGCAGGCCAAAAGACGUUUGGCUGAAACACAAGAGGAACUGAGUGCUGAAGUUGCUGCAAAAUUGCAAAGAGUGCAUGAGUUGGCAGAACAGAUUGGGAAGCAUCUUGCUCAAGCUGAAAAACUGGGAGAAGAAGGUAAUGUUGAGGAAUCAAUGAAGAUUAUGGAAGAAGUUGAAGAAUUCAAGAGGCAGAAGUCACUUGCAGAACAAGAAUACCGCAAUUCCAUGCCAGCCUCUAGUUAUCAGCAACAGAAAUUACGUGUGUGUGAGGUCUGUUCUGCUUACUUGGGUAUCCAUGAUAAUGAUCGUCGUCUCGCAGAUCACUUUGGAGGAAAACUGCACCUUGGAUUUAUUGCCAUAAGAGAGAAAUUAAAAGAACUGAAGACAGAGGUAAAUGAGAAACGCCAAAAAGGUCGCAUGGACAGAGAUCGAGACUAUUUGAGAGACAGAGAUGAAAGAAGCAGACCAGAUUCUUCUCGCUCUCGGCGUCACAGGUCCCGUUCAUCUUCACGCCAUCGCCACAGAUCCCGGUCAGAUGAGCGCAAGAAACGUAACAAACACCGACAUCGCUCAUCUUCAAGGGAGCGACAUCGUUCCAGAGAUCAUCAUUCCCAUCGGAGAGAUCGAUCACGUGAUAAGAAAGAAAAGAAAAGAAGCCGCUCCAGAGAUCAUAGACGUUCACAUUCAACAGGAAAUGAGAAACCAGAGAACAACCACGAAAUCUAAUGUUUUUAAAACUUUGUAUUUUACUUUUCUGGUAGUUUUGUUCAUAAAGUAAGUGUCUGUACUGUUUUGUGUAUAAGAAAAAUAUUUGAAGGGAGGAAAAAAAAAUGCUUUUCU